GGCGGGACUUCCUGUCUCCUCUAUCCAAGAGCCUCCAAAGUGAGGCGGUGUGCAGAGUGUUUGAGUGUCAAGACCUGUGGCAGUAGAUAAGUUCGUACCUAGUGCACGGGUAUUCACCCACUUGUUCUUGUAGUUAUCCUUGCUGUUCUCCCACGGCGUCUCCGAGAGGCCUUGGAGCCCCGAGAACCCAAGCUUGUGUCUGUCCGCAGGUUCGGAGAGGGCCAUGGAGGUGCGACCUCCAGCACCACGGAGCUUCCUCUACAGGGCACUGGGUCCUUUCCCCCGGGUCUUUGCUGCAGAAGCUGUGGCUGCUAAUUCUGUGGCCGCCGAUUCGGAAGUCCUUGUGGAGGACCAGAAGCUUCCUUCCUACAUCUCGGAACCUCGUUAUCCGGAGUCCGGAUGGGACCGCCUCCGAGAGCUGUUUGUUAAAGAUGAACAGCAGAGAACGUCAAAAGAACUUGAGAAUAUUUAUAGGGCAGCAGCUUCAGCAGGCAUCAUUGGCUGGGCAUAUGGGGGAAUACCAGCUUUUAUUCAUGCUAAACAGCGCUACGUUGAACAGAGCCAAGCAGAAAUUUAUCAUAACCGGUUUGAUGCUGUGCAAUCGGCGCAUCGUGCUGCCAUGCGAGGCUUCAUCCGGUAUGGCUGGCGCUGGAGUUGGAGAACAACAGUGUUUGUGACUAUAUUCAACAUAGUGAACACUGGUUUAAAUGUAUACCGAGAUAAAAAUGCCCUAAGCCAUUUUGUCAUUGCAGGAGCUGUCACAGGAAGUCUUUUUAGAAUAAAUUUAGGCCUGCAUGGCCUGGUAGCUGGUGGCAUAAUUGGAGCCUUGCUAGGCACGCCUAUAGGAAGCCUGUUGAUGGCACUUCAGAAGUAUUAUGGUGAGACGAUUCAGGAAAGAAAACAGAAGGAUCGAAAAACCCUCCAUGAGCUGCAACUGAAAGAGUGGAAAGCCAGACUACAGUUUACUGAGCUCCUCCCUGAAGAAAUUGAAAGUAGCCUACAGAAAAAUCGAUCCAAGGAUGAUGCUGAGAAAAUUGAAGCACUGCUAAAUCUUCCUAGAAACCCCUCAUCAACAGAUAAACAAGACGAGGACUGAAGUUGUUCUGGACUUGAAACUCACU